CCCCACCCACUUCGCAGGACCGAAAGCGAAGGCGCACUCGGCCGCUCGGCGCUCUCCUGCUCAGGUCUAGCCGGAACAGCGACCGCAACGGGGUCUUGAGUCGCGGCGCGUGUGGGUCGGGGGCCCGCCGGGCGGCAUGGAGGGGCAGUGGGCCUCCGCCGGUGGGGGAGUCUCCCUGCACAACUUCAGCGCGAGGCUGUGGGAGCAGCUGGUCCACUUUCACGUCAUGCGGCUGACGGACUCGCUCUUCCUCUGGGUGGGAGCCACGCCGCACCUGCGCAACCUUGCCGUGGCCAUGUGCAGCCGCUACGACUCCAUCCCUGUGUCCACCUCCCUCCUCGGAGACACUUCCGACACGACCUCCAUUGGCCUUGCCCAGCGCUUAGCCAGGAAGACCAACAAGCAGGUGUUUGUCAGCUAUAACCUUCAAAACACAGACAGUAACUUCGCAUUACUUGUAGAAAACAGGAUCAAGGAAGAAAUGGAAGCUUUUCCUGAAAACUUCUAGCUGAGUGGCAGAAGUGAGGAUUUGUAACUUAUGUACAAUAUACAUUUAAAUAAAUGAAUUGAAUUUCACUGUCA